UGGUUCGGCGGGCGCGGACUCCAGUCAGGGUGUCCCUGCGUUCUCCUCGCCCUCGGGCUGAGGACCGGCGGAUCUGCUAGCGCAUCACGCCUCCGGCACUGCGAGCCGCGCGCUCCCUAGCUUCUUGGCGUCGCAGCACGGAUGCCGCGGCGCUUUGGAGAGGCUGUGGGCUCCUGUCCGGGGCGGUGGUCGAGACGCGGCCGGGGCCUGCGGAGGUGGGAGGCGUUUGGCGGAGCCCCGCAGGCCCGGCCGCGUGGCAGCCUGGCUGCCAGCGGGCUCCAGUCGCGGCCUUCCUGCCACGUCUAGGCCUGCUCGGGGGGUUCCAGUUUCUCCUUUCUGUGUAACUGUCCCCUUCCAGGGCCCUUUUUCCCUCACUUAUUGCCUGGAAGAUCUGGAUUUAAUGACACUGACAAAAAGGGCUGAGCCUUAGGUGGGGCAAGCUGUUUGUCUGAAUUCUGGCUGCCGCCCAUUACCUGCCCUCUGUACUGGGGACCCAAAAGUCAAUGCUGGAAGUUUCAUUUCUCCUGGCCUGAGCCAGGAGGGGGCCCACGUGACCGAAGUCCCGGAGUCCCUGCUGCUUCAGGCAGCCUCGCUCUGCAGACGGCCUGGGGCCUCCACCCACAAGACGCUUUCAGCCAAAAGCCCCCGUAGGAAGCCCUCUUCUCAUUCAUACCUCCCUGGUGGAUGCCUUGGGAAGGGACCAAAUUUAUAUAGGGAGGGCCGAGGUUCUUGUUUUCUCUACAGCCUAUCGUUCUGGCUUUUGUGUACUCCAGCCUCUAGUCACACUUUACUUACUUACCCUUGCUGUCCAUGAUCCAUCCCAACUGGCUUAUAAAGCCCCAUUCCUGCAUGCCUGAGGCCCUUCACACAUGCUGCUUCUGCUGCCUGGAGUACCCUCUCCAUCUCUGUCACCUUCGUCUAGUUCGCUUCUGGGGAAAGUGACCUGUCAAAGAGUCCCCUGUACUUCGGCAUUAUCAAGUUUGUAAUUUUGCAUUUAUUUAUGUGGUUAAUUUGACUUUUUCCUCCUGUAGACUUUGCUUCAUGAAGGCAAAGUCCUUGCGUAGUGUUCACAGCUGCAUCUCCAUUGGUUAGUUAAACACCUGGCACACGAGGUAAACACCCCUUACAUGUUUGUGGAGUGAUUCAUACACAUCACACACUCCGAAAGAUGACUGGAGCUUCAGGGGGCCAGAUUUUCAAGUGUUGUGACCACUUUGGCCCUGCCAGAGAACAUCUGGGGUUGUAGAUAAAGGAUGAGAGAACACAGUAACCUUGAUUAGCCUGGCAGACCUGCUGCACCCUGACCUCUGACCCUUUCAUAACUGCCAACAGGUCUCUGGGCCAGGACACAUGGAAGCCCACCCACCCAGCCUCAUGGUAGGAGUAUGCCUGCCUCCAUUCCUUCACUCUACCUCUGAGGGCCCUUACCUUCUCUGGGAACCCACUCUACCCACUGGGCCUUGACCUAUACCCUCCCUCGGCCCUUUGCUAUGGCCCUUUCCAGGUUUAGGCAUUCCCAUCCUCAACGUAGUGACUAAACUCCUGCCCGGACUGGGGUCUGCCUGAGGCUCUUGGGGGAGGGUUGUAGAUCACCAUGGUGUGGGUUCCCCCCUCCUUGCUGCCUCCCCACCCCGAUUUUAGAGCCAAAGGGGCCUGGUGAUUGUCUUGCCCAACACUGUGGUCAUGUGCCUGAGACAUGCCGUGAUGCAGUGCCAGAAUGGGGCUGGCACCCAGGAGCCCCUGGGGUGCUGGUGUGUGUCUUUGCAGGAGUCUGUGACAUUUGGUGAUGUGGCCGUGCACUUCUCACGGGAGGAAUGGCAGUGCCUGGACCCUGGCCAGAGGGCCCUCUACAAGGAGGUGAUGCUGGAGAACCACAGCAGUGUGGCAGGACUAGGAUUCCUGGUCUUCAAGCCUGAGCUGAUCUCCCGGUUGGAGCAGGGGCAAGAGCCUUGGGUCCUUGACCUUCAGGGAGCAGAGGGGAGAGAGGUGCCAAGGACCUCCUGGACAGAUUCUGCUGUUGGGACUGAUGGCGAGCGUGCCUUUGAGCAGGCCUGUGAGGACACAGACACUCUAAAAUCAGAAUCCUGUGCAGCGAUGGUCAAAACCCCUCCACAGGAUUUUCCACUGAGUCCUGUUUUGGGAUACACCUCUGACUCUGAAGUCUGGUCAGAGAGUAAGCCAUGUUCCCUCUUCCAGAAAAACCACUUGAGCACAGGGACUGUGGCUCCCAAAAGGGAUGCCCAGAACCAUGGUGAGCUGGGGAGCAGCAGCCAUCUGGGCUGUCAGCCUGGUAAAAGUCAGGAAGGUACUGCUGGAGGUUCACCCUGGAGGUGCCACAUGUGUGGCAAGAAUUUCAGAUAUACUUCAGAUGUUGCUAUGCAUCCUGAAAUUAAUACACAGGAGAAACUUAGCAGAUGCUGUGAGUGCCAAAAAAAGCUAUCUGAUUGCUUACAGGGGAGACAUCAAAGUAACUGGCAUGGAGAGAGGCCAUACCAAUGUGAGGAAUGUGGGAAAGUCUUCAGGCUGGGCUCACAGCUGACUCAGCAUCAGAGAAUCCACACUGGAGAGAAACCAUUCAAAUGCAUUGAAUGUGGAAAAGCCUUUCGUCUGAGCUCAAAACUUAUUCAGCAUCAAAGAAUUCAUACUGGAGAGAAGCCCUACAGGUGUGAGGAAUGUGGAAAAGCCUUUGGUCAGAGUUCUAGCCUCAUCCAUCAUCAGAGGGUCCACACAGGAGAGAGGCCCUACAGCUGUCGGGAGUGUGGGAAGGCCUUCAGCCAGCAGUCUCAGCUGGUCAGACACCAGAGGACUCAUACUGGGGAAAGGCCCUACCCAUGCCAGGAAUGUGGGAAGGCUUUUAGCCAGAGCUCAACACUAGCCCAGCACCAACGGAUACACACUGGGGAGAAACCUCAAAUCCCCAGAACCCCAGGUAGUCCCAGCCUUGUCAUACAUCAGGGAAUCCAUGCUGCAGAGAAGCCAUUCAAGUGUGAUGAGUGUGGGAAGGCCUUCAGGUGGGUCUCCCGCCUUAGUCAGCAUCAACUGACUCACACCGGAGAGAAACCUUAUAAAUGCAACAAGUGUGCAAAAGCCUUUGGUUGUAGCUCACGGCUUAUUCGCCACCAGAGAACUCACACUGGAGAAAAACCAUUUAAAUGUGAUGAGUGUGGGAAAGGCUUUGUCCAGGGCUCACACCUAAUUCAGCAUCAACGAAUUCACACUGGCGAGAAACCCUAUGAGUGCAGUGACUGUGGAAAGGCCUUCAGCCAGAGCUCAAGCCUCAUUUACCAUCAGAGGAUCCAUAAGGGAGAGAAGCCCUAUGGGUGCCUCGAAUGUGGUAAGGCCUUCAGUAUGAGCACACAGCUCACAAUACAUCAAAGGGUUCACACUGGGGAGAGGCCCUAUAAAUGCAGCGAAUGUGGAAAAGCCUUCAGUCAAAACUCAACCCUUUUCCAACACCAGAUAAUUCAUGCUGGAGUGAAGCCCUAUGGAUGUAGUGAGUGUGGGAAAGCAUUCAGUAGGAGCUCAUAUCUUAUUGAACACCAGAGAAUACACACUCGAGCCCAGUGGUACCACGAAUAUGGGAACACCCUUGAUGGUUCUACCCACGUGAGCCGAAAGAAAGUUAAUACUGUGAAGAAACUGCAUAAAUGUAAUGAAUGCGAGAAGAUAUUCAGAUGGCGCUCACAUCUAAUUAUACAUCAAAGAAUUCACACUGGCGAGAAGCCUUAUAAAUGUAAUGAUUGUGGUAAAGCUUUUAAUCGGAGCUCAAGGCUUACUCAGCAUCAGAAAACUCACAUGGGAUAGACCACUCACCUAUAUAAACGUGUAAAUGUAAACAAACCUAAAGCCUUAAUUUACUUUAGAUGAGAUUAUUAUAGUGACAAGAACUUAGAAUGUUGGGAAAGAUUCAGAAUUGCUCUCAGGUGUCCAAAUUCAUAGAAGUGUGUUCAUUUGCUGGAAUGGUUGACCUUGUCCUGUUUGAUAGAGCCUGUGGUGCCAGCAUCAGAGUGCGCAUGCCAGAGUCCUGAGGUCACAGAGGGAGGAUCCCAGGGCCUGUGCAUGAGGAAGGGAAUGAGGAAAGCCCUCUGAGCCCUGCUGGAUGAGUGGGUUAGGGGAGUUCCCUGUGUCUGCCUGUAAGCACAGUCGCAGACUGGCUGCAGUGGGAUGGCUGUUGCCAGUGCAUCAGUGCGAAUCCAGAAGAGGGCUACCUAGAAUCCCCUCUGCCUUCACCUGACUCCUGUCCCUUAAAUCUCAUACCCCAUCAAGAGCCCCAGUGCCAACUCUUCGGCAGCUGGUCAGUGUGGUUGACAUUUGUUGAGCCCAGAUCUGUGUGGGUGCUCGAGAACAGUGCCUGUCCCGGGAGCCUUCUGGCAUCACCUUCUCUCCCUGAAAUCCCAGCCUGUCUGCUCAUCUGAGCUCUGUACAGGUUGGUUGUAAGGACUGAACUGUGAAAUUGAGCAGCUGCUUGGCGUCACUCCCCUCCCCUCCUGUGCUGAGACCCAGAGCCAGCAUCUUCAGCCAAACUGUAGGCCUGGGCCUCAGCAGGAGUGGCUCAUUAGCCCACUGGGCCCACCCAGAGACCAGGACAUAUGCUGUAUCACUGCCUACCAGGUUUUCUCAAUAUGCCUCCUGUUGCUGCAGAAACUGCCAGAUGUAGGAGGGUCUGCAAGCUGACAGGUGAGCCUGUUGCCUCUUCAUGGAGGCUGGCUGGACAUGGAGCAGAUGCGCCACAGGAUUGGCAUGUUGGCGAGGGCACAUUGGUUCUCACGUCCAGAGUGAUACAGGGGCCCUGACAGUGUACACUGGGUGCAUCAGUUGAGAGACAGAUGGGGGCCCACUGCCUCUAGUGAGUGGUGAACAAGCCUGCUGUACUAGCAGAUGGCAGGGUGGGGUCACUGCUCAUCCCCUGGGUUUUCUGCCAGCAGCCCAGGUAAAGAGUGGACAGGGCCAGUCAGCACUUAGCACACUGAACGUGUAGGGAAGAUGGCCUCUCCCAACAGUCUCUUGGCUUUGAACUGGAGGCUUGGCUGAGACUUGGUUAGCUCAGUUUUUGCGUGAGUUGGACACUCUUAUCAGCACUGGCUAAUCUGACAGGUGGGGGCCACAUCUUUCACUUUAUCUCACAGAGCAUCUAAUUGAGGCCUCCAAGCCCAGGAUGAGGCCCACCUGUGGUGUGAUUCCAACUCUGCCUCGGGACCAGGAGUCUUAUUCAGACACAAGCUACUUCCCAGUAACCCACUCAAGACCUGCUGGUCCUUGGAGUCUUUGCCAGUAAUCAUGGGCAGAAUCUGGGCCAGAGAGACCUCCAUCCUGAUGGAGAGGCCCACUUCUCCCAUGUGCAGACAGGUAACUCAGAGGGACAUAGGUCACUUCAUGAUUUAUGCAACAGUUGAUUUGGGUUACCAGCACACUAGUUAAGCCUGUGGGUGGGUCCCUGUGACACUGUCACCUCAGCCACCAUGUGUGGUGCAGCCCAGCAGCAGGCUGUGGGCUUGUAUCCAGUGAUAGGUGCUGGGACCCUGUGCACAGGGAGGCUCCAGAGUUCUGGCAUUGGGAACAGCAAUUCAGGACGGUCAAGUCCACAGGAGUUUGUUUCCAACACCUGGAUGCGGAUCUCAGCCCUACGGGGUCAGCCUGAUCGCCAGCCGCAGUGCUGGUUCUUAAGACGAAGAUUGUCCCCCAAACUGCACCUGCACCUUUGGAUGUUCCUUCCUGGGUGCCAGGACAGCACAAAAACACUGUCUUCCCAGCCCACUCCACUCAACUCGAGUCUGGGUCAGUGCAAGAGGACCAGGAACUUUGUAAACUGCAGGUACGAUGAGCAUUUUCUCCCUCACUGUGCUGCUUAAUCAGGUCGUCACUGCCUUCAGAUCUGGACAAGUUUUAGGCUUUAUGGGCACCUAGCAGUGAGACCAGUCCAGGUCCUGGACAUGCCACCCUCCUGCCAUCCUCUGGCACCUGGUCUGCCAUGUGCUGUAAGAGCCUCUCCAAAGGUCCCCAGCUCCACCUGCUUCCAGCCCACACACCUUAGGCAGUUUCGUCACUGUCUUCCCUAGAAGGGAAUCCUCUCUCAGCUACUUCCUGGGUCAUGGAUGGGACAGAGGAAAGUGGACUUGCAGAUUUUGCUCUGGGCAUGCUUCUUUCCCCCAACAGCAACUGCAGGCCAGCUAUAUGGGGCCAGAGGUUCCAACCUUAAAUCUGUUUCAUCACCUGGGUUCUUUUUGUGCUGACAUGGACGUAGAGCAGGGCUGGCAUGCUAGGGCCUGUGGGGCUAAAUGCAGUCUGCUGCCUGCCUGUAUGCAGCCUGUUAAAAGUAAUCAAACAUGGGCCACUUGGCUGGGUGGCUUUGAAUGCCUUGGUAAGCACACAGCAGAUGGAAACCAAAGCCAGUCAAUUCCUGUAAAUGGGCCCCAUUGGAGAAAAGAAUUUAAGAACCAGUUACAAACAGCCAUGAGGUUUUCCCAAAUAAGGCAAGUGCUUAAGCUAUUUCCAAACUAUUUCCUUGCUUUGUUUUUCUGUCUUUUCUUUGGAAACCUGCCCCCAGUACCUGCGGGCACAGAACUAACCACUCUCAGUUUAGUGCUGCCUGUUUCUAGACUGUUUUUUGCCCAGACUUAAAAAAUUUAAUGUAUCUCAGUUUACUGUUUGACAGGCCUAAGAGCUAAGAAAGAUUUUUACAUUUUGUAUGUGGUUGGGUGAAAAAACAAAAGACUAUUUUUGACACUGAAAGACCAUAUUGAAGUCAGAUUUCAGGGUGACGAAUAAAGUUGGUCAGAGCACAGCUGGCACAUAUGUUCACUCCUCGUGCUACAAGAGCCAGGUUUCCACACUUGCUGUUCUCAUUCACUUGGGUGAAAGCUUUGUGUCCUCCAGUCUUUGCAGGAUUAUUUUUCUUCUUAGUGCUUAGUUUGUUUGUUUACUUAAAUGUCCCCAUGGAACAGAGACUUCAGUAGAAACAAACCUAAAGUCCUACACUCCAGUUAAGAUCAACUGCAGCAGUUUAGGAGGAGUCCUUUCUUAGCUGUGCCAUGUGAGAAGUGCGAUACUGCUGGGCCUGGCUGGCGAGACACUUUGAAUGCAAACUACUGCAUGGGCUUGAGGCUCCAGGACCCGUGAGGGGCAUCUGCAUGUGUCAUGUGCUGGCACUUUUGUGGAGGGGGGUGAGGAGGGCUGCCUGAGAGCAGUGCUGGUCUGGAAUAUUCUUUUACUUUCCAGCUGCAUUUCCCAAUUUGGGCUUCAGUAAAUACAACAGUAAACUCACUAUAAGAGUUUCCAGAACUCUUGUUUUCAGAGUAGGUUUUAAAAUAUGCUGGAUUUCUCUUUGGGGGGGCCAAUUAAAUCCAUAUUUUUUACCUGAA